AUGUCUCUCUCUGCCCGCGCCUACCGUCAGCUCUCCGGCUCCGUCCGCCCGUCCUCCCUGCGCAUCGCGUCUACAUACCUGCCCACAACCCGCACACCUGCCAGCCGACGAUGGGAGUCGACCGGCGCCGCCGCUGCGCCCGUUAACCCCAAGAUCUCCCAGAUCGUUGACCAGAUCAGCACAUUGACCCUUUUGGAGACCGCCGAUCUUGUUUCGAGCUUGAAGACUCGCCUGAACAUCCCCGACCUUCCCGUUGGCGGUUUCGCCAUGGCCCCCGGUGGUGCCGCUGCUCCCGGAGCUGCUGCCGCUGUUGAGGAGGAAGAGGCUGCUCCCGCCGCCGCCGAGAAGACCCUGUUUAACCUGAAGCUUGAGUCGUUCGAGGCUGGUUCCAAGCCCAAGGUCAUCAAGGAGGUCAAGAACAUGCUUGGUCUGUCACUGGUGGACAGCAAGAAGUUCGUCGAGUCCGUGCCGAAGAUCAUGAAGGAGUCUGUGCCCAAGGAGGAGGCGGAGAAGAUCAUUGAGACCCUCAAGGCUCUUGGUGCCAAGGUUGUCAUGGAGUAA